GCGUCAAGCCCUUGGCUUGGAUUGCCUCGCCUCUUUGUUCGACUCAGGGGUGAGGUUGGAGCUGGAGAUAGUGAUGUGUGUGUAGACUCAGGGCUUGGGGCUCUGAUGGGGCAUCGAAACGAGAAGUACAGUCUAGUUUGGGGUUAGUUUUUUCACCUGAGGGCCACCCAUCCAAGGUGGCACAAGAAUUCACAGUGACAUGAAGACGGUUGGCUUUGCUGACAACCGUGGCAGCAUGUCCAGGAGACCUGCUGGCUGGCCAGCCCCUCAAGGACCCACAACAUCACAGUGAGGAGGGAGCUAAUGAUUGUUCAGUACUCAACAGGGUGCUUGGAAACUGAGUGUCUGGCUUAGUACUUGCAAUAUUCAUUGCCACACACAGCGUCACCAUCCCCCUUUAGAUGAAGCAAGUGAGGCACAGAGAUAAAAAGUAACUUGCUCAAAGCUACAACGUAAGUUAUAAAGAUAACUAACACAUAUGGAAUGUGUAUUAUCUGCUAGUCUCUCUGCUCAGGGCUCUUCAUGAAAUACCUUGUUUAAUCUCCAUGAUACCCAUCUGAUGCUCGUACUAUUAGCAGCCCCAGUUUUGAGGUUCAUACAGGAGCAAUAACUUGGCCAAGAUUGUGCUUGGCUAGUAAGUGGCAGAGGUAGGCUUUAGACCCGGACAGUCAGGUGUCAGAGCCCACGCUGUAACACCACUGCCCCCUGCCCUCUGCCCAGCCUCCUGGACCCUGCUGGCCUCACCUGCAGUCUGCACUCAGUUCAAGGGCUCCAAAGGUCGCGGGCACGAUGCUUCGGGUCCUGGUGGGGGCUGUCCUCCCCGCCAUGCUGCUGGCUGCUCCACCGCCCAUCAACAAGCUGGCCCUGUUCCCGGAUAAGAGCGCCUGGUGCGAGGCCAAGAACAUCACCCAGAUCGUGGGCCACAGCGGCUGUGAGGCCAAGUCCAUCCAGAACAGGGCGUGCCUGGGACAGUGCUUCAGCUACAGCGUUCCCAAUACCUUCCCGCAGUCUACAGAGUCCCUGGUGCACUGCGACUCCUGCAUGCCGGCCCAGUCCAUGUGGGAGAUCACUCUGAGUUCCUUGAAGGACCAUGCCUGUCCUUGUGUCCCCAGAGCUGGCAUGGAGAAGGUGACCUUGGAGUGCCCUGGCCAUGAGGAGGUGCCCAGGGUGGACAAGCUGGUGGAAAAGAUCCUGCACUGCAGCUGCCAGGCAUGCGGCAAGGAGCCCAGUCACGAGGGGCUGAGCGUCUACGUGCAGGGCGAGGACGUGCAGGGCUCCCAGCCCGGCCUCCACUCCCACCCGCACCCUGGCGGGCAGACCCCCGAGCCCGAGGAUCCCCCUGGGGCCCCCCACGCAGAGGAAGAGGGGCCUGAGGACUGAGGCCCCCGACUCUUCCUCCCCUCUCGUUCCCUGUGGAAUGUGGGGUCUCACCCUCCCGGGGAAGAGUUGGGGAGAGGCUGAAGCCCCCCUUUGGCACUGGAUGGACUUGGAUUCAGACUUGGACUUGGAAUGCUUCCCGUUGCCACGGAGAUCUGAAGGGGGUGGAACUGGCGCCAAGCUGCACAAUUUAAUAUAUUCACGAGUUGGGGGGAAGAAGCAGAGGUCUUCAGGGUUCUUUUUCGGAGGGGGGUUCUCUUCUUUUCUGCCUCCUAGACAUGUGCCCUAGGGAGGGGGGAUAGUUGGCUAAGCUGCUGAGUUGGGGUGAGGCCGUCCAAGACGCGCCAAGGCCCGCAUGGCCCCUCGGUGGGGCAGGGCCCUGGGGGUGCAGAUGGUGGCACUGGGCCUUGAGCUGAGGUUGGGCGCCUUGCCAGUGGCAGCCCUGAGGCAGGGCUGGCAGAAACAGGACGCCCCAGCCCCACCGGCUUCCCCAAAGGCCUUGCACCCCGGUCCCCAGGGCAGCUUCUCCCCGGUGGCACUGCGGUGGCCCUCCCUCAGUGGCGUGGUUGGGAGUCAGGUCUGGGCAGGACCCUGCUGCCUCACGGCCCUGGAGCUGGGAGCCAGGCUCCCUGCCUGCCUUGGCUUUCCGGGGGGCGGGGAGGAAGGCAGGGGAGGAGGAGCCUUGCUGGGCCGGGGGAGGGGAUGACGCCCUCGACCGGAGAGCAUCCUUCCCUCCUCCACCUCUCCCAGAUCUUAGUGCCUCUCCCUGCCCCCCAGGUUCUAGGCCUCUCAAAGCUGAUGGAGCCAGCCUCACCCUCUUGGGAAGCUCUUUCUGAAUAUCGGAUGCUGGGGAGGCGUCUCCCUUACCCAGAGGUUCCCAGGAGGGACCUGGGUGGGAUGGAUUCUGGAUGAGCCUCAAGGAACGAGGAAGAGGAGGGGCGAGGGCUCGAGGGGCGGCUGUGUUCACUGUGGCUCUCCAGCUGCCUAGUCCCCUCCCCCCACUUCUCCCAGCCGCACUUUAGCCCUAGAGGGGGUGCGGGGCCCGGUCUGGGCAGGCGGGCAGGGAAGAACGCCCCUCAGUACCCACAGCUGCCUGCGUCUGCUCUUCUGUCCCAGGGCUGCUGCCAGCCCCACCAGCCCCCUGCCUGGGGGUACCCCGGCCCUCACGGCUAUUCCGACAAGAGCUUCUGGAGCUUGUAACCAGUAGGAUGGACCCCGAGUUUUCUCAUGAAUAAAUUCGUUC